AAACUUGUGAGCCCAUCAACGUCUACCCAAGGCCCGCACGGCCAACUUCCAAUGAAAACAUGCCACGUCUUCCCUAAUUUGAGUCACUUGUACGAAGCAUUGAAAAGUUCCGACCGUGUAUGUAGCAAGUUAGAAGAGGAAGAGCGAACCCAAAACCCACACUCUCGUAGUCUCGUUUAUUGUGUUCACUCUACACUAGUUCUACCACUACUCCCUGUUAGGGUUUUUCACUUUUCAAAAAUAUUCCAACAAAACCAAGGGUCUUUUGCACUGCGAUCAUGGCACCAGCUAGGGUUUUUGGCGCUUUUGCCGGGAGAGCGCUCAUGGCUGCUGCGGCCAAGGCCGGAGCAUCCGCCACGGCCAAGAAGGCGGCGUCCGGUGGAGCUACCACCGCGACUAAGGCGGCGAAGAAGGCGCCGAGCAGGCCGCGGAACAACGUGGGGAUACAGAAGGUAGUGCCGGUGUCUUCUGAGCUCGGAAGCUUCCUCGGUGCUUCGGAGGUGUCCCGAACUCACGCUGUGAAGAGAGUGUGGGAGUACAUCAAGCUGCAGAAUCUUCAGAAUCCUAGUAAUAAGAAGGAGAUCUUUUGUGAUGACAAGUUGAAGACUAUUUUUGAUGGGAAAGACAAGGUCGGGUUCACAGAGAUUGCAAGAUUGCUAGCUACCCAUUUUGUAAAAUCAGGCUAGUGAUAUUCACCUUUGUUCGACUGUUGUUGAUGAUGAUGAUGAUGAUGGUAACUUGAUUUUUAGUACAUUAAGUAGGUCUUUUUUUUGUGCAUGGUUUGUGACCAACCACUAAAGAAACUUGGAUUUUGUAAUUUCAGACAAUUGGGUUUCCGACGUGAUGUUCUUUUGUUUCACGUUUGCUAUCUCAUUGUUUAAGAUUAUGCAUAUAUGUGCUUUUUAUUUUCCAAGCCAUGUGUUUUCAUCACCUUUUGGUCCGUGAUGCUAUUUUAAGGAUGGUUGUUCA